GCGCCGGCACCCGACCCAUUCGCGCCGCGACGCAUGGAGUUGGCAGGCGUCGCUGACGACGCGGCCGUCGACGGCGUCGCGGGCUCCAGCCUCGCCUACCUGCUGGCGCCAGCUGACGAUGCCGAGACACCGUGGAGCAAGGGUGGCAGUUCAAGUUAUGGAGUAGGGGCCAACAGUGGGGCGACCAAAGACACCGGCCAGUAUGACCGCAGACUCAGCGGCAGCUCGGCCUCCACGCCGGGCUCUGGCUACCGCAGCGGCAGCAGCACCGCCGGCGGUGGUGGCAGCGGCAGCGGCUACCACAGGGAUCUGUCCUCGGACCGCAAGUAUGGCUCGCAGCUCGACUCGCCGGCUGGUCGCGACCACUCCUCUACCAGGACCGGCUCCUACUCUGACACCAAGUACGGCACCUACCCGCACAGGAGCAGGGCGGACGCCAGCCACGGACCCCCGGUGACGCUGCCGCCCACGCCGAGCAGCGGCCGGCGGUCACGUGACCCCAGCCCCAGCACCGAGGCGCCCGCCGGCGGCUCCUCCCUGCCGCUGCAGCUGCAGCUGCGCAUGCUCUCGCACCGGCCCUCCUACUCGCGCUCUACGUCGCGGGAGUCCGCACCCACCUCCCCUUCCACUUCCACUUCCAGUCCCGGCUCCAGCAGGUUCUCCAGCGCGACGCUGCCGCGCAGCCCGCACGCCGACAAACCGGCGCCCGUCUUCGGCAGGACCGACGACAGCGCCUCUACCGACCGCGAACGGACCUCUUCGUAUACGCCCUACUCUGCCAGGUCCAGGAAUGAGGAGCGCUCCCCGUACCUGUCGUCGCUGCUGUCCAGCAAAUCCGACGAUCGUCCCAGCAGGGCAGAGGAGCGGCCCUCCAGCUCGCCCUACCGCCCUUCGCUGCUGGGCUCCUCCCCCUCUCUCGGCUCCACGUCUGCCAGGACGCGCCCAGAGGAGCGGAGCUCUUACCGGACUUCCAACAGCACCGAUUCUCGGGCACUCGGCCCCACCGCGUCCUACCUCAGCCACACCAACGGACCUCUGCGCUCCAGGCUAGACAACUCAACAACGACUACCGCCUCACGAGAAGACAAGACUAACAACACGACCACCAACAAGGUGCAGGAUGGAAAGGCGGCCGAGGAGAGCUCCAGCGAAGAGGAGGAGUCUGAGUCGGAGGAGUCCGAGUCGGAGAGCAGCGAGGAGGAAGAGGCGGCGAAGCAGAAGGCGGGCGGCCCGGUGCGGCGCCGGCCCUCGCAGACGGUGUUCGUGACGGUGGUGUCGCGCGGCACGUCGCCCACGCCGCCCUCGGCCUCGCCGUCGCCCUUCCUGCGCAGCCGGCGCGCCGAGCUGGCCCGCGUGCUCGAGCGCACCGUGGCGCGGCCCAGCGCCGCCGCCCGGCCGCGAACCCAGGACUGCGCCGUGCAGUCCGACCGCGGCGACGACACCUCGCGCACGUCGCGCUUCGCCGGCGCCUCGAGGCCCUCGCCCUGGACCUCCUACCUGGACAGGUACUCGUCCUCGCGCUACUCAUCGGGCAGUGGCUCCUCCCGCGUGGGCGGCUACUCGCUGACGUCAUCCUCCCCGCGGACGUCAGCCUCCCCUUCUUCCGACAGCCUGGCGUCCAAUGCGACCAGCGCCGCCAAGUCGCCGAGCGCGCCAUCGGUUUCCGGUGACUCUGCAGAAGACUCGGCCAAGGACAAGGACAAGGAGAAGGCCGCUGCGGCCUCGAGCGCCAGCGCACCCAGCACGCCAUCCUCCGAGGCGCCCUCCAAGGGCGUGACGCGGGCCAUCUCCUUCAAGAGCCUGCCCAGGACCAGGGCCUCCCCGGACUCCAAGGACGAGAGCGGCGCGUCCAGCCCCAGCGGCAGCGCCCCCGCCAGCGCCGCCGAGGCGGGGAAGCCGCCCGCGCUCAGCCGCGCCGCCUCCUCCAGGAACGUCUCCUCCAUCAUAGGUCGCCUCCAGAGGUCAGACUCGGACCUCUCGACGCGCUCCAAGUCGUCUUCAGCGACAUCGCUCUCGGAGAAGACGCCAGCGCCACCGCCGGCCACGCCGGAGGCGGCUCCGUCUGCCCCCCACUCACGGGCGGCCACAACGCACGACUCCGAGUCUUCCCGCGCGUCUGCGCCGGCAGACGCGGCGGCCGCCAAGACUGCCCCUUCAGAGACGCAGGCGCAGACGACCAGGACGCGCUCGCCGUCGGCGUCGGCGUCGUCGCUGACCGACGCCCCGCGCUCCAAGUCCGGCUCGGCUUCGUCGCUGUCCGACAAGGCGGACGCGGCCGGCAAGCCGCCCCGGGCGCCCUCUGCGAGCGCCGGAAGCUCUGCUGGGUCCGCCGCCUCCAAGCCGCCACCCUGCCCGCCGCCCGCAGACCUGGCGCGCUCCAAGUCCACGCUCUCGGCAACCUCACUCGCCGACAGGCAAACUGGGGCAGCCGGUGCCGACAAGCCGCCGCCCGCGCCUCCACCGCCCCCGCCGCCCGGCCCCCAGGGGCCGCUGUCGCGCUCCCAGUCGUCGGGGACGGCGGGGGCGGGCCACAGCCGGAAGCUGCCGCCCGUGGCGCCCAGGGCCGGCAACAAGGACUUCCGCAAGUCGGCGCUCAACGUCGACCUGGAGGCGGCCGUGCGCCGCAAGCUGCGCUCCGGCUCCGACGGCGCCAUCGCCGACGCGCCGCCCGCGCCUGCGGGGGCGGAGGCCCGCCUGUCCGCCAGCAGCUCGGCGCCCAAGGUGCUGGUGACGGCGCCGACAGCGCCCUCAGCGCGCGGCACUGGCCAGCACCCGGCCUCCACCUCCGCUUCUGCCUCAGAGAGCAGCAGCAGCAGCAGCAGCAGCGAGACAGAGUCCUCCGAGACAGAGUCCAGCACAGAGUCAGAGUCUGAGCAGGAGCCUGUGGAGAAGCCGGCAGACAGGGAGGAGGCCAAGUCGUUCCUGAUGCGUGCGCUGGCACCCGUCACCAACUUCUUCCGCGGUUCCGGCGAAGCUGCUCCGGACAAGGACAAGGAUAAGGAGAAGCUGGCGCGACACAUCCGCCACGUGCAGUCCGGGGAGCGCGCCUGGUGGCUGGACCCCAACGCCGAGGUGCCCGAGGGUGUGACCCGCAUCGCCAGUAGCCACCAGCUGGCCGGUGCAGGUGUGUCCCGCGCGCCGAGCGCGGCGCAGGUGGCGGCCGGCGGCGGGCUGUCGCGCGCCCCGAGCUCCAGGAAGCUGGCCGCGCUCCAGAGGGCGCCCAGCUCCCAGCGCGUGGGGCCCGGCUUCCGCAUCCGGCCGCAGCAGUCGGGGGAGCUGCCCUGGUGGCUCUGCAAGGACGCCGAGGUGCCCGAGGGCGUCGUCAAGCUCGAGACCAGCUCCAGCGACGAGGAGGACCACAGCAAGGCGGACAGCGGCCGGCGCUCGCCAUACGACAAUGUGCCGGACACCGAACCUGAGCCCGGCGUUGGGCCCGAGGUCGAGGCUGCCCAACAGACCGGCGGGACGGCGCGCAGGCGCAGCCGCGGCUUCAUCGGCUCGCACACCAACAUCGACGACAUCCUGGGCAGCGUCGCGUCGCUCGUCGAGCCCGCCAUGGGCGUCGCCAGGCUGCGCCGCCGCCAGAUGGGUCUCGCCGCCGAAGACGACGACGAGGACGCUCAAGACGUGGAGGAGGUGGACGCAGCGUCGGUGCGACUGCACGACAGCUCCGCCCAGAGGCCCACCAUCGUGCGUCGCAGGAGCCAACCGUCAGAUGGCCCGGCGAGCGCCCGAGACGGCAUGAUCAAGCUCGAUGAUGCGGCGCUGCAGCUGUACAAAGAUGGCGACUACGGGGCAUACCUGGACCUGGACGCAUCCAUCAACGAGCAGCAGGACGAGUUCGAAAACUUCCACAAGAACCACAAGAAUUCCAUCGUUCUUCGGACUCAGCUGUCGGUUCGCGUGCACACCAUAAUCGAAAAACUCCUCAACUCGGAGGGACGUGAACUGCGGCGCGCCCUGUUCUCACUGAAGCAGAUCUUCCAGGAAGACAAAGACCUAGUCCAUGAAUUUGUUCAGAAUGAUGGCCUAGCAUGCCUCAUCAAAGUUGGCUCUGAAGCAGACCAGAAUUACCAAAACUACAUCCUAAGAGCUUUGGGACAGGUUAUGCUGUAUGUAGAUGGAAUGAACGGUGUGAUGGAACACAAUCAGACAGUUCAGUGGCUGUACACCCUGAUUGCCAGCAAGUUCCGUCUGGUUGUGAAGACUGCACUGAAACUUCUGCUUGUAUUUGUGGAGUAUGUGGAAACAAAUUGCCUACUGCUCAUCCGAGCCAUCCAUACUGUUGAUUCUUCACAUGGGGCUCUUCCCUGGAGUAACAUAAUAAAAUUGCUGAAGGAUUUUGACACAGCUGACACUGAACUUCUCAUAUAUGCAACUACACUAAUAAACAAAACACUGAAUGGUAUUCCUGAUCAAGAUACAUAUUAUGAUCAGGUUGACGCCCUAGAGGAACAAGGCAUUGAAGCUGUAAUACAAAGGUACAUGUCAAAGCAAGGAACAGACUUGGACCUUCUUCGUCAGUUCCAAAUAUAUGAGGCAGUUCUCCACCAUGAGGAUGGAGAAGAGAAGGGAACACCACUGAAGCAACUGGAUGAUGCCAUUAGGAAGACACUGCGGCAGCGAAAAGCUUUGACAGAGUCAGUACCAGCUACUGGACGACGUAAGUCACGCCGACAUUCAACCGGCACAUCCCCAUUCUCUGUUCGCCAACAACAACAGCAGUCACCAUCAUCAAAUCAACUGCUGGUCCCUGGUCAAGAUGAAGAAGGUUCUCCCGGAUCCCGUACACCACCUGGUUAUGGAGACAGCUCCCAUAAGGACAGAAACGGUGAUGCAGGUGUGACACCAGCUCUGAGGAGGCGUAGAGAGCGUGCCGAGCGCCAGCGGAGCUUCAUCCGCGAGCAGCAGGAGACCACCGCCUCUUUGCGUGCCUCAAUUGUGGCACACGAAAACCAGAAAAGUGUCGCAUCUGGUCACGAGAUGGAAGGAACAGCACAGACUCCUGACUCACCCAAAAGAGAAUCAGGUUCAGUACGUGAUCUCACACAGAGACUUGCAAAUGCAGGUGUCGGUGGGAACCAAGACGAAGUGACAGGCCCGCGUCCACCAGACCUUGCUGGUGACAUGACUGGACUUGUAUCUCGUGCUAAGGAAGGCCUGGCCAAGUCAAAAUCAAAGGCUGAAGUUGUGCCAUCUCCUAGACCACCACCAGAGGUCAAAAAGUCAGAAGUUGACCUACAGUGGGAGGAAUUAGUGAAUAAGGUCAAGCGGCCAUUGGCUCUAGCUGACUUGGACUUUACUGACUUGGUCAGUGAUGAUGACACUGACCUCCUUUCUCCGUCACCCAUCUGCAAUGGUGGUCCGCCUCCUCCACCUCCAGCACCAAGAGGUGUUGCUCCACCACCACCACCAGCCCUAAGAGGAGUUGGUCCACCACCACCACCGCCAGCUGCCAUUCCACCAGCUAUGCGGAAUGGUCUUUCGCCACGGACGACUGCGCUUUCAAACUCACCCACAUCUCCACCAAUUAGAAAGACUAAAAAGACAGUCAAACUAUUCUGGAAGGAAGUUCGUGAUGAUCCUGUUGUUGCAGCCAAGUUGCACAGUGUAGGAGGCACUAUAUGGGAUGAGCUUCCCUCUGUUGCAGUUGAUACACAGAAGCUGGAGCACCUGUUUGAGUCACGUGCCAAGGACCUCAUUGCCAAGAAACAGCAAGAGAUGAAUAAAAACAAGGAAAUCAUAGUAUUGGAUCAUAAACGCUCAAAUGCAAUAAAUAUAGGAAUGACAAAGCUUCCUCCCCCAAGAUCUAUACGAACUGCCAUUAUGAAGAUGGAUGCCACAAUCAUGAACAGGGAAGGAAUAGAGAAACUUCUCACAAUGCUUCCAACAGAAGAAGAAUGUACUAAGAUCCAAGAGGCACAAAUGGCCAAUCCUGACUUACCACUUGGCAGUGCAGAACAGUUCUUGCUGACACUUGCAUCAAUUUCAGAACUUCCUGCUAGAUUGAAACUCUGGGCCUUUAAACUAGAUUAUGAGAACAGUGAAAAGGAAGUAGCAGAACCUCUCAUGGAUCUUAAGCAAGGAAUGGAGACCCUUAAAUCCAACAAAACAUUCCGUGGUAUUCUUAGUACCUUGCUUUCAAUUGGUAUUUUUCUAAAUGGAAGUGAGGUGAAAGGAUUUCAGAUUGAAUAUUUGGCAAAGGUUCCAGAAGUAAAGGACACAGUGCAUAAACACUCUCUGCUGCACCACCUUUGUCAUAUGGUUAUGGAAAAAUUUCCAGAUUCAACAGACUUGUAUUCAGAGAUUGGUGCUGUUACACGUGCAUCAAAAGUUGAUUUUGAUGAGCUUGCUGCCAACAUUCAGAAAAUGGAGCAAGAGUGCAAAGCCUCUUGGGACCAUCUAAAAGUUAUUGCAAAGCAUGAUGGCUUCACUAUGAAGACAAAGAUGUCUGAUUUUCUGGCAGACUGUGCCGAGAGGAUUAUUGUUUUAGGGAUAGUGCACAGAAGAGUCAUGAACAGGUUUCAUAAAUUUCUCCUAUGGCUGGGGAUUCCGAUGCAUCGAGUGCAGGAUUUACGACCAAAUGAAUUUUGCCGCACUGUUUCUGAAUUUGCUCUUGAGUAUCGCACUACUAGAGAACGUGUACUGCAGCAACUCGAGAAAAAAGCAAAUCAUCGUGAACGCAACAAAACACGUGGGAAGAUGAUUACUGAGGUUGGCAAGUUUCGCACAAAGGAGGAUCGUGCAGAUGCUGAAUUGCGGCAGCUGUUGGGUGGAGAUGUUUCUGAUGCAGAAAGUGUUCAUGGCACUUUAACACUGCCAUGGCGUCGACAAAGGAAGGACGCAGGCCGAAAUGCUUUGAGUCCUUCAACUGGCGAUGCAACAGUGAAUGGUCACCUGACAGAUGGAGAUGAUGAAAUUUUGGAAUCUCUUGUGAAAACUGCCACCAAAGCACCAAAUACGAGGACAACACCACGAGAACGCAAACGAACCAGAAAUGCUGAUCGCAAAUCCUUGCGAAGAACUCUUAAAAAUGGUUUAUCAGAAGAGGACAAGAAGCACCUCGCUGCAUAUAUAAAAGGCUACUGAGUAGUUUCUCCUUGCUUGAUAGACUGUGAUACAAUGUAUGUGCAUUAUAUGUGAUAUUUAUGUAAUUUCAAUGGGGGAUUACUAGUACCUCAGUGGCACGAAAGUUGGGAAUUUUUAUACCUGCUAUGUACUGAAGGUGUGUUCCUAGUCUUUUUUAUUCCAACUGGAAGUGUCAUAUGUUUAAAAUGUAAAAGUACAAGCAAUACAAAACUGUUGCAUUUGUAUAAAUUUAUUUUGUAAAAAAUGUAUACAAAUUUGAGAAAAAUUGUGUUUCUCAUUUUAUAACAUAGUUUCAACAUUUCAGUGUACAUAUGUAUAGUGUGGUGAACAACUGAUGUAAGUUUUUCACAAAGAAAGAAGUUUUACGACUUUUGUAAGCGUGUGUUUUAUGUAUGAAAUGGGUAUGCUAUUUACAGUCAAGUUGUUAAUAAAGUCCAAGAAAAAGCUGUCUCCAACUAAUGAUGUAACAAAUGCUUCAACAGAAAGUCAUGAAUUUUGUGGAAUACUCAUGCCUAUUUAAGGUCUUAUGCUGUUUUUUUCAUCACACAAUAACAAAAAGCAGUGAAAGAAAUUAUUUCAUAUUAGUAGUUACACUUCUUAAAGACUAUACCAUCUUGGAAAAAAAUAACUGCAAAAUACGGACAAAGAUGGGCUGUUUCCUGUAUGACUGUGAACUGUGAAAAACAAAAGACUGAAACAUCUAGGAAUUAUUCCCAGUGGAGGAUUAAGAGAUAUUCUCAGCUGGACCACUAAAAUGAUGGUAAAUUUACUCAGAAAAUUUAUGAAACAAAUGAACGUGUAGUGAGUGUUAGCUCUUCGACUAUUUCCACAAAAAAAUAUUAUGAAAGAUACACCAUUAAGUCUGAUAACUUUAUGUAUGUUGAGCAUUAUGGAAAAGAUAACCACCUAAUUCCUGUAGAUGAUAAAAACAAGUUGGUGAAACAGAAAUGAUCCUUGUUUAUGGUGCAUUAUUUUUAUGCAAAAUAUUUGUCAUGAAAAUUCCAGUAAUGAACCACAUUAUAAUUCUCUGUAGGAAAAAACAGUGGUGCUGUAAAACCACAGAUAUCAAAGAAUAUCAUUCCACAAUCACCAAUUUCCACUGUUACUGAGAUACAUAUGAAGGAGACAGCCUAGGACCAAUAGCAAAUUUAUUUGUACAUAGUAUGGAUAAAAUGUGUUUCCUUUUCUUUGGUAUACAAACUACAUUUGUGAGCAAUAUUUAGAUUUAAAUUUUCUUCAAGUUUUCCUGUUGAGAAAUAAUUGACAGAUAAAUGCUUCAUGAGUAUAUGAUUAUGUAACUUUGCUAGUCUUCUAAGUGUUGUCUGUUCAACACUAUAUUGUAACAGAACCUUUUGUACAGAACAAUCACAUGACAAAAUAAAUAGUGAUGCUUAUGCUCAAAA